AUGGAUACUGAAGAAAAUUAAGAAGAAAAUACCUACAAAUCAUCUGCUUAUAUUUACUAUUUAGUUGCUGCCACUUGUUUAGGAAGUCUUUUUUCGGGAUAUUAAAUUGGUGUUUUCAAUCAAAGUUACAAUGCGGUACUAGAUAUUAUGGAUAUUUAAGAUGAAGAUGACAGAGUUAACUUUGAAGGUUUAAUUACAAGCUUAAUUCCUCUAGGAGGUGUUAUAGGAGCCUAUUUUUCUCAUCAUAUUUUAAAAAUUUACUCUAGGAAAGAUGGGCUUAUAUUAAGCGACAUAAUAAGUAUAGUUGGCUGUUCUCUUUAAAUAUGUAUUUUUUCAAAAUAUCUUUUUAUCCUUGGAAGGUUUAUUAGUGGUUUAUCUAGUGGUAUUAAUAGCUCAUUAGUAAGCUUAUUUAUUAUGGAAGUAGCACCAAUAUAAAUGAGAUAAUAAGUCAGCACAUUUCCAGUAUUUGGUCUAAAUUUGGGUACAUUAAUAGCAUACUCUACAGGAUUUGCACUUCAGUCGAAUAUUUAUUCUGAAAAAUAGAUAAUUUACAUUUAUGGAUUUCCUAUUAUAUUCUGUAUAAUUAGACUGAUACUUUUAAAGUUCUUUUUAGUUGUUGAUUCGCCUUAUUUUUUUUUCGAAAAUGGUGAGUUAAUUGAAGCAAAGCGUCUUUUGGGAAUUAUCUACAAGGAUGAAUACAUAGACCAAAUAUAUCAUGAUUAUCAUUAAGUUUUUAUUGAAAAAUAAAAAAAUUAGGAAACAUUUCUUUCAGUAUUUAAUUAUUAAAAUAAGAAAAGAAUUAUUAUUGCUAUUUUGAUGAUGUAUUUUUUGCACUUUGUUGGUGUGUCUCCGAUUAUGUUUUACUCAACUAAGCUAUUUAACAGAUUUACAAAUAUGAAUAGAACACUUUCAAUUUACUUAACUGUUAUAAGUGGUGUUUUCCCUAUUGUAUGCUCCUUUAUAAGUGGGUUUCUUUCAACUUUAUAUGGAAGAAAAUCUCUUCUUUUUUGGGGUAUGAAUGGCUAAAUUUUUAUUACAUUUACUUUUGUGCUACUCUCAUAUGUAGAUAUAAAUGACUCUUAUGAUUAAACCCCUAGUUGGUUAUAAGGUUUACUAAUUAUAAAUAUAAUUGCUUCAAGGUCUUAUAUAGCUUCAACUUAUGCUCCUAAUUCUCUUGCUUAUGUGUCAGAUAUAUGUGGUGACAAAGGAAUUUCUAUUGCUUUUAUGUCAUACUGGUUUUUUUAAGGUGUUGUAGGAUUUCUUUUUCCUCAGUCACUCUUUUAUAUUGGAUACCCUUUGACAUUUUUAAUUUUUUGUGCUAAUAGUGUUCUGGGAUCUGUUUUUGUAAAUCGAUAUGUUAAAGAAACAUAGGGAUUAACUAGAAUAGAAAUAAUGCUCUUAUACAAUCCUGAAUAUGAAUAGCAAAUCAACUAAAAGCUAAAAGAAAUGUAUUCUCUAAAAUAGUCCUUAAUAUAUAUAAACAACAUAGAUGCUAGAUAAUCUAUGAUGCAAUCCGUAAGAAUGGAAUAAGAAAUGACAAAUAUUGCUGCAUUUAAUUGA